UGGAGAUAAUUGUUCCAGAGGAAGUUCAGCCUGAGCCAAAUCAAAAGUCUCUGCAGCCUGAGGAUGACCGUCAGAGAGCUUUGGUCCUGAUGUUGGGACCGGGCGGAACCUUUCCAUCAUGAUGAAGUCAGACUCCUCCUCCCCCCCCCCCCCCCCCCCCCCGGUGGGUGGGUCUGUUUUGUCUCGGAGGAACAUCACAUGCAGCAGCGGACGGAUCUGCCUUAGAGUCAUGGAUGUUGAUCAGGACCAUCUGCAGCUGCUCACGGAGAAGAGGAAGUGGCAGACUGAGAUGGAGAACAAGCAUCGUCAGCUGGAGGAUGAGAGGAGAGCUCUGCAGCACCUGAAGUUGAAGGCUCUGAGGGAACGCUGGCUGCUGGAAGGAGCCCAGACUGCUGGAGAAGAUCAGGACCGAGUCCGGAGUCAGCUGGAGGAGGACGAAGUCAAGACCAGGAACCUGGAGGACUCCAUCAGAAGACUGGAGCAGGAACUCUUAAGUCUGGAAACUGGAUCUGUCUGUCGGACUGUAACACACUCUGUGAUGUCAGCGGCCGUCCCAGCUGUUGACGUCAAAGAUCCAAUCAGAACCCAGAUGGGCGGAGCUAAGCCAUCGGGUCGUGUCAUCCAAGUUCACCAAAGUCUUCAAGUCAGCAAAUCUCCAGAAGCACUGGGAGAGAUGAAGAAAGCGAUGUACUCAGUGGAGAUUAAAGUAGAGCGGGACAGAGUGACGGGGGAAACCAGGGUUCUGUCCACUAACACCAAGCUUCCUGUUGACCUUUCCGAUCAGGGAGUCAAAGUGUAUGAAGAUGAGCAAAAAGUGGUCCAUGAGAUGAACGGGGAAGACGCUCACCUGCUCAGCUACUCUGAGGUUGAAGAGCUCAUCCACAAAGCUGACGAGGCCUCCAUAAUGUCACAGUCGGUCACCAGGCCAGCCUCCCUGCCACCAGGAGAGGUCCCCAGGGAGCCAGGACCAGGACCAGAACCAGGACCAGGACCAGGACCAGGACCAGGGCCCACAUGGAGCCCUGCACCUAGCCGUGUCCCAGAGGCCACGCCCAGUCCCACGCCCGCCCCCCCUGUCGCCGCAGAGAUCACCGGGCUGGAGGCCACAGUAGGCGGGGAAGCGAGCGUGGCAGAGGCCAGUGCUGACAACCCGGUCACCAUGGUGUUCAUGGGAUACCAGGAUGUGGAGGAUGAGGAUGAGACCAGGAAGGUGCUCGGGCUGCAGGGCACGGUUAAGGUGGAGCUGGUGCUCAUUGAUGACGUUGACGGAAAGGUAGAUCCGCUGCCUCCUGCCGCUGUUCCCGCGGCUGCCCCUCCCACCUCUGCUGCCCCGCCCUCUGCUGCCCCGCCCUCUGCUGCCCCGCCCUCUGCUGCCACGCCCACACCCACCACACCCCCAGAAACGAUGGUGGCCAGCAGCAGGGAGGCGGCGGUGGAAGGAGGGGGGGUAGUGGGGAAGAAGAAGCAGCCAUGUAAAUGCUGCAGCAUCAUGUGACCUGUCCGAACUCUUUAAACUAACUCCGCCCACUGCACAUUUCCUGCCUUUAACAACAUGACAUCACUUCCUGUUCCUUCAUCAGUUUUAUAAAACCUUUUAUUUUCUACUCUGCCUUCACUCUGACACGCCUCCUGUUUCCAGCUUAGAACACCUGCGCACUUUAGCAUUAGCAUGUGAGCAUUACCCUCCCCAGGUGUGUUUACCUGUACGCUUGUCUAUUUUCUAAAAGAGGAAAUAAAUUGGAGUUGAUGUGAAA